UUAAAACGACACGUUAGCGCGCGUUCGUGAUCCACAGACCGUUUCCCCUCCAACUAGAGAAGAGAGAACUCUUGUCGCAUUUUGAGGAGCGAGGAAGGGAGCUCUUUUUUACUUUUUUUUUUUUAUCCAAGCCUGCAUUUUUAGACUGCAGGACCAAAGUUGAAGGAGAAGGUCUCAGGAAAUAAUUUUGUAUUUCUACUACAUACAAACAGACUCGACAAUGUUUGAGGCUCGCUUGGUACAGGGAUCCAUCCUGAAGAAGGUUUUGGAGGCUCUGAAGGACCUGAUCACGGAGGCCUGUUGGGACGUGAGCUCGUCGGGUAUCUCUCUUCAGAGUAUGGACUCGUCCCACGUCUCCCUAGUUCAGCUCACUCUCCGCAGCGACGGAUUCGACUCCUACCGUUGUGACCGCAACCUCGCAAUGGGAGUCAAUCUUAGCAGUAUGUCAAAGAUCCUGAAGUGUGCUGGGAAUGAGGACAUCAUCACUCUCAGAGCAGAGGACAACGCAGACACACUCGCCCUAGUCUUCGAGACACUCAACCAGGAGAAGGUGUCGGACUAUGAGAUGAAGUUGAUGGAUCUCGAUGUAGAACAGUUGGGAAUCCCAGAGCAGGAGUACAGCUGUGUGGUCAAGAUGCCAUCGGGGGAGUUUGCCCGUAUCUGCCGUGACCUGUCUCAGAUUGGUGACGCCGUCAUGAUCUCUUGCGCCAAGGAUGGCGUUAAGUUCUCGGCCACGGGAGAGCUGGGCACUGGCAACGUCAAACUGUCCCAAACCAGCAACGUGGACAAGGAGGAGGAAGCGGUGAGUAUUGAGAUGAACGAGCCAGUCCAGCUGAUCUUUGCUCUCAACUACCUCAACUUCUUCACCAAGGCCACACCCCUCUCCAAGACAGUCAUCCUCAGCAUGUCUGCAGACAUCCCCCUAGUGGUGGAGUACAAGAUAGCUGACAUGGGCCAUGUCAAGUACUACCUGGCGCCCAAGAUUGACGAGGAGGCUUCCUAAACCUCCCUAGUCCAAACUUCCAGUGGGGGGGUUCAUGUUCCUUCCUGUGGGUGGGGAGGAGGAUCUUGUUGGCGGGUGGGAAAGGGAUGGCUGGCUGACUUUGUCUGCGUCAUGGCAUCGCUAUUGCGUUUUAGUUUUAUCUGGAUACGUUUGUUUAUCAGCAGUUUGACUGAUCCAGUCAUUUUUAUAUAUAUAUAUAUAUACUGGAUAGACAAUGGUGGUAGGAUCUACUAAUGUCCUUUUCUGGGACUAGGGUUCUUAUUCUAGCUCAAGUACUUUUUAGUUGAUCAUCUUACCUGGCCAGCUGUCUGUGAGGAAGAUCAACAGAACUCCAUGCUCCCCUUGUUCCCUCUUCUGUUUGGAAAACAAAUGCUCAUUCCAGUUUGUAGAUAUGUCUGUAUAUAUGUUCUGUGGUCAUGUUCACCACUCCAACUUUUUUUUCUUGAACCCCAAUAAAUAAAUAAUUUGAUUCUGAUUUACAA